AGACCAUUUUCCAUGCAGAAACACAAACCAUAUCUUCUAAAACAUCUUCUCUAUUGAAGAAGUAAUUAGUCACCUGUGAGACUUUUCGGUAAUGGCAACUCCAUCAUGGAGUCAUGCCGGCCGGACUCAGUUUGUAGUUGCUGUUAUGGCAUUACUCGUGGGUUUGACCUUGGCAACAGAACCUUAUUACUACAGUUCUCCUCCACCACCUUCUGUAUACAAAUCUCCACCUCCUCGGGUAAAAUCUCCUCCUCCACCCUAUAAAUACAACUCUCCCCCUCCUCCAGUGAAGUCUCCACCACCACCAUACCAUUACCACUCACCACCCCCUCCGGUGAAGUCUCCUCCUCCACCUUAUUAUUACCAUUCACCACCUCCUCCGGUGAAGUCUCCACCUCCACCGUACUAUUACCACUCUCCUCCUCCUCCAGUGAAAUCCCCUCCUCCUCCUUACUACUACAACUCCCCACCACCCCCGGUAAAAUCUCCACCACCACCAUACUAUUACAAAUCACCUCCACCACCACCACCACCAAAAACCUACUCUCCACCUUACUACUACACAUAUCCUCCGCCGCCGGUAUCAUACCCUCAUCCCCAACCUCACCCACAUCCCAAACCACUCGUUUUCAAAGUCGUUGGUAAAGUUUACUGCUAUAGAUGCUUCGACUGGACUGACCCUAAAAAGUCACAUGACAAGAAGCAUCUCAAAGGUGCUGUCGUGGAGGUGACAUGUAAAGCAGGAGACAAAAUGUUCAAAGCGUACGGAAAGACAAAGAUCAACGGUAAAUACGCAAUCACUGUAGAAGGAUACAACUAUCGCAAAUACGGCGGCGAGGUAUGCACGGCCAAACUUCACGCGCCACCAAAGGGCUCACCGUGUAAUAUUCCGACAAGUUAUCAUUUGGGAAACAAAGGCGCUAAGCUUCAUGUUAAAUCAGAGACUAAGUACGAAGUUGUGCUUUACGCUAAGUCCUUUGCUUAUGCACCUAAGAAGCCUUAUGAGGAAUGUCAUAAACUAGCUCCUUACCACCCACCUUACUACUACAAGUCACCACCGCCUCCAGCUCCGACUUACAUCUACAAAUCACCACCACCGCCUACUCCCACUUAUGUUUACAAGUCACCACCUCCACCAACUCCGCUUUACGUCUACAAGUCUCCGCCACCACCAACCCCAACAGAUGUUUACAAGUCACCACCACCACCAACGCCGGCGCCUACUUAUGUAUAUAAGUCUCCGCCUCCUCCAACCCCGAAUUACGUCUAUAAAUCACCGCCACCACCACCGCCGACUUACGUCUAUAAGUCCCCACCGCCACAUACUCCUACAUAUGUCUACAAGUCUCCACCACCACCAACUCACACUCCUCCACCGUAUUACUACCACUCACCUCCACCACCGGUGAAGUCUCCACCACCACCCUAUUAUUACCACUCGCCACCUCCUCCGGUGAAGUCUCCUUCUCCACCUUAUAAUUACCAUUCUCCACCUCCUCCCGUGAAAUCUCCUCAACCACCAUACUAUUACCAUUCACCGCCCCCACCAGUCAAAUCUCCACCACCACCAUAUUACUACAACUCUCCACCACCUCCCGUAAAAUCUCCUCCUACUCCAGUCUACAUCUACGCCUCGCCCCCACCUCCCAUACACUACUACACUCACCAAGUUUAACCAAAAUCCCCCCAUUAUUAAGUAAGUUCUAUGCAAAACAACUUCUUAUUCUACAUCCUUAUGCAAAAGGUGUAAGAGGAGAUCAAGAAGUGAACCAAAUAAGGAUCGUCAUAUUUCACCCAACGACAACGAUUCUCUCAAGACGAACCACUUCGCUUCUACUUCAAUAGGCAUACUCAUCUCCUUUCACGCUUUCAUCUUAGCUUCGUCUAUUCGGAUUGCCAAAAUUGGGUCGUAACUUAUUUCUUGUGCAUAUGAUUUUAUUUUGCUUAGAUCCACCCUUAUGAAAUGAAGUUUGUUAGCAAUAAAAUCAGGUUUUUAUUUUCAUUUAAA